AUCACAGUUACCUACUAAGCUCUCAGAGGUGUUAGUUGUGCCCCAAGUAGGAUUUGAACAACUACCAUUCUUCCUUCAUUUGAAUUUUGCUGUCUAUCAUUAUGCUACGGGCAUUGUCUCCAUUAAUCUUCCAUGAUGGCAAUGCAAACGCCAGCUUUCCAGUUUUCUACGCGUUCGAAGAGAUAGGGUGAACCUGAGGCUUCAGUUCAGCUCCUGUUUUAACAGCAAAUGCAGCUGGUGAUUUGUACUAUUUCUUCCAGUUUCCUCACCGUUUUGCAUUAAAAUUGUGUUCCCUCAAAUCGAGUCGUCAUGCUUUGCUGCAUCAUUUGUCAUCAUCUGGUAAAACUGUAAGAGUAUUUUGGGAUGCACCAGUUCUGGAUCAAUCUCGAAGAAGCUGGAGCUGAGCUCUGUUUCAAGGUGUUUUGAGAUAUUAGUAAGAAAAAGGGCAGCCAGAUAGCAGCCUAAUCCAUAAACAUGUGCUCGAUAUUAAAUGGAAUGAAUCCACUGAAACUCCACCUUGACAACUCUCAGUCCAUGACUUUAUCGAGUGAGAAUGAUCUGGUUGAAUGGUGUUACGCCCUUAAUUUUUUUGCACGUCUGGCGGCUUAUGUUGCAGUUUUAGCGGUGAUGGUGUUAGUAAUUUUGCUGAUUUUGAAGUUUGUGACGGACUUCAGUGAUGAGAGUGCUGGACAGGAUGCGAGAACAGCAACUGAAUCGGAGACUAACCCAUUAUACUCGGAAAAGGCGAUGCCAUUAACAUAUGGAACCUGUGAAGAAGAUGUAGAGACAGGAAGUUGCAGUAGCGGUGAGGAUUUAUAUGAUGGAAGGAUUUGUGUAAUUUGCUAUGAUGAGCAAAGGAAUUGUUUCUUUGUUCCUUGUGGCCACUGUGCUACCUGCUAUGACUGUGCUCAAAGGAUAUAUGAUGGGGACAAUAAGGUAUGCCCAGUGUGCAGAAGAGUCAUUGGCAAAGUCAGAAAACUUUUUGCUCCAUAGCACCAUCAAUUCUUCUCUUUUUCUCAAUUUUUCCCUGUCAGAGAAUUUAUUUUCUGCGAGAAGGAGUCUUGCUUUUUCAAUGUUAAAAGUGUUCAGAUUCAGGGUGAAAUGGGAUUGCAAAGUAAAGAUCCUUGCUUGGAGCAAGUUUAAACAAACUACAGUUUUUUGUUUGAUGAGUCAUCCCUCACCCCAUUGCUCUUCUUCACAGUCGAAGGUCCAUUCAACCUCUUUUUAUAUAAAGAAAAAGAUUGUGAGCCCAA